CUGAAGUCUCGCGUGAUCUCGCGAUAGCUGCGUGAGAGGAGACGCAGUGAUGGCGGACGCGGAGCCGACGCUGGACCUGACUGACACCAAACACGAAGAAUCAGGCGAUUCUGCCGCUGACGAAGCAGAAGCGGAGCCCCAGCAGACGCAGGAGGACACCAACGGCGUUAAAACCGACGCCGAGGACAAAGAGCCCAAAGAGAAGAGCCGAAAGUCGCACCGCUACCAUCCCUACAAAGAGCGCCGCAGCAGCUCGGCGGACAAGAAGGCCUCCCACAGGAACCGCGUUUUCAUUAGCAAUAUCCCUUAUGAUAUGAAGUGGCAGGCCAUUAAAGAUCUAAUGCGUGAGAAAGUUGGUGAGGUUACAUACGUGGAACUCUUUAAGGAUGGAGAAGGAAAGUCAAGGGGCUGCGGCGUGGUUGAGUUCAAAGAUGAAGAGUUUGUGAAGAAAGCCAUCGAGGUCAUGAGCAAACAUGAUCUGAACGGACGGCCGCUGAACAUUAAGGAGGAUCCGGACGGUGAGCAUGCGCGGCGCGUCCUGCAGAGAUCGGGCCGGAUGUACGGAGCGGGCCGAGGGCAAGACAUCCCUCCCUCCAUCGCCAACAACCCAAACAUCCCUCCGGAGAUCCUCAGCGCGCUGCAGGCCGGGCGGCUCGGCACCACCGUGUUCGUCGCCAACCUGGACUUUAAGGUGGGCUGGAAGAAGCUGAAGGAGGUGUUCAGUAUGGCGGGGACGGCGAGGAGGGCCGACGUUAAAGAAGACCAAGACGGGAAGAGCCGAGGCAUGGGGACCGUCACCUUCGAGCAGCCGCUGGAGGCCGUACAAGCCAUCUCCAUGUUCAACGGUCAGAUGCUGUUUGACAGACAGAUGCACGUGAAAAUGGAUGAUAAAUCGCUCCCUCCAGAUGACUUCAGGCCUGCAGAGAAAGCGCCACAGUUACCCAGAGGUCUGGGAGGCAUCGGGAUGGGUUUGGGUCCCGGCGGUCAGCCAAUAAAUGCCAACCGUCUCAGUGGAGGGGCCGUCGGCUCCAUGGGACCCGGAGGUGUGUUCAUGCCAGAUAUGGCUCAUUUCCAGAGAUAUGAGGACAUCGGUGUAGCUUCAUGGUGCUCGUGUUUGUGUACAGAUGUGUAUCGCUCUGGAAUGGCAGGAAUGGACAGAGACUUCAGCAGAAGUGACAUGGGAAUGAAUCGCCCCUUUGGAGACUCGUUUGGAGGUCUGGGUGGAGGAUAUGCAGGAAUGGGGAAUGCUGGGAUGGGACCCAUGGGCUCUGGAUUAGGAGGCGGAGCGAUGGUGAAUAUGGGAAUGGACCGCAUGAACUCCGGCUUCGACCGGAUGGGCGGGAACAUGGACAUGGGGCGUGGCUUCGGCCAGUACGGAGGCGGCUCGGGUCACAUGGGUGGAAUGAGUGACAGGGGGGCGGGGUCUAAGGCCGGAUGCCAGAUCUUUGUGAGAAACCUCUCGUACGAUCUGACCUGGCAGAAGCUCAAGGAGAAGUUCAGUCACUGCGGUCAGGUGAUGUACGCUGAAAUAAAGAUGGAGAACGGCAAAUCCAAAGGCUGCGGGACGGUGCGCUUCGACUCUCCUGAGAGCGCAGAGAAAGCCUGCCGCAUGAUGAAUGGAACCAAGAUCAACGGACGAGAGGUUGAUGUUCGUAUCGACCGCAACGCUUGAGACACACUCACACACAAACACUCACACACUCACACUCUCACACACACUCUCUCACACACACAC